AUCGGGAUUCUGUUGCGCUGAGAGAACAUUGAUGAUGCGCUCCUGGUUUGCGACGGCGACGAGUCUGCGCUUUCUUCUCCUUGCGCUCGCUGUUUCGGAUACUUUGGCUAUUGAAUGCAGCAUUUAUGAAGAAUCCAUAAUUGCUAGGCUGGGGGGAAAGAAGGAAGUCUCGAAUCAACAAGAGCUGGACAUAAAGUAUGCCGGAUGCACCGAGAUAGACGGCCCCGUGAUUAUCGCAGCCGAUUAUACGGGUGAUUUCUACUUUCCCAACGUCACGAAGAUUUACAAUGGGCUUAUCACAGUUAAUCACUACUCUCAGCGACAACACCAGCAGGAGCAGGUUCCCGUACCAUUGCUCACCUCGAUUGAGGUCCCCGACCUGAAUAAUACCAGAUUUAUCGAAAUCCAUGGUGUUCCCGCACUUAGGACUAUCUCGUUCCCGAGCCUGACUAUAUUAGAUGACUCUCUUAGUCUAGAUGAAGUUGAGGACUGCUUUGUAGACUUCCCGUCUCUGACCAGAACCGUUGAUCUGCAGAUCAUUGGAAAUGUCACUAGGUUGAGCUUCCCUCUUCUAGCCGACGGGGGCACCAUGAGAGUAUCUAGCAACCCCAAAAGCGACAAGGAAUACUCAAAUUACUUGAUCGUCGAUCCUGUCGACCAAGCCCCGUUGGAUAUCAAGUUUCCUGCGCUGCAGAAUGCCACAUCGAUUUACCUCCAAGGAAGCAUCACAAGCUUGUCCAUGCCACAGCUAUCCAAAAUAGGAAAUGACAGGCAGUUUGAUGCUGGAAAUUUACGAAUAUUGACACACGGAAAUCGGCUCAAUAUCAGCCUGCCGAGCCUGUCAAACCUUAGACAUCUCUCAGCCGCUGGAACAAUUGGAUCCCUUAACUUCGCCUCCCUCCAGAGCAUCGAAAGAUUCGAAGUCAACACCUCUACCCCAUUAAAUGUCACCAUGGAGCCGAUGGGAGCCAUAACCGAAAUCCUCCAUCUCUUGGGCGACGUUACUGCCGUCUCCAUUUCCUCACUCUACCUACUUUUCAAUCUCGUAAUCGAAAGUGACUCCAGCGACUUCUACUGCAGCUCCAUCGCCUCUGACUUCGAGCGCCUCCAAGGCCGCAAACUCAAAUCCUACGAUUGCAUUGGCCACCCCCCUAAAAGUAAGCUGCCUUUGCAGCUGGGACUCGGUCUUGGGCUUGGAAUCCCCGUCUUUCUGGUUGUGGCGUUCUUGUUGCGCCUUUUUUUUAAAGGCCCUUGGGUUAAGAAGGUGUGGGGCACCGAGAUGUGGACACCACAGCCUGUAGUCAAACCUCCCGCGUAUGAGCUGGGUGUCCCGCCGACGUACGCUACUGAUGGCCCUCCUACGUACGAUGCUUCCGAGGGAGAGCAGGGAAGUGAGCAAGGCGCUGCUAAUGUGGCGGGUACUCACAUGGGAGAUGGAAGUAGUGUGCGUGGAGAGGGCGCGAGUGAGCAUAGUGCGGGGGAUGCCGCGAGCGCCCGCCUUGGGGAUGGAAGCAGUGCACUCCAUGAGGGCGCUUCUGGAAGGCGAGUUACAUAAUAUGCAUUGUGUGUUGUUGAGUACUGAUACCACUGUAAUAUAUAAUCGACCGUGUUUAAUACAGAAUAAGAAUCAUAGAAACAGGCAUUCAUUUGUCAAACGUAGCCCCUUUGUGUGUAGUGUAGACGCUACUUAUGGGCCACGAGAAGGAGAAGCACAUACAACCAUAGACUCUAGAAAAUUAGACAUCUUGUACCAAUCACAUCAGA